GUAUGAAGUUUGAGAACGUGUCCAUUCUCACUGACGGGAUCAAAGACAUCAUCAAAGACAUGCGCUAUUGCUGGGUGGACAACCGAGGCGUCAUCUGUGAACAGAAAGGCGUGUUCCGUGUGAACUGCGUGGACUGUCUAGACAGGACCAAUGUGGUACAGACUGCCAUAGCUCGCAUUGUCAUGGAAACACAGUUCCGUAAGCUAGGUCUUCUCCCUCCGGAGGAGUCCCUCCCCCCUAGCUGCAGACUGACCUACCGACAGAUCUGGGCCAACAAUGGUGACGUCAUCAGUCGGCAGUACGCCGGCACAGCUGCACUGAAGGGUGACUUCACUCGGACAGGCGAAAGGAAAUUCUCAGGCCUUAUGAAGGAUGGUGUUAACUCAGCCAACAGGUACUACCUGAGGUUCCGAGACGCCCACAGACAAGCGGCCAUUGACCUGAGUCUUGGUCAGCCAGUGUCGGAGGCUCUCCUGGUCCCGUCUGCCGAGACUGAUGAUGUGGACGGCAACGAGAUGGCAGAGAAAGAGGAAAACAUGAAAAUGAUGAUCGAGGAUUGUACGAGAAUGCUCAUUGUUGAGCCGGAGCACUGUCUGGGGGGAUGGGCGCUCAUCAACGCUGAUGCUGUGGAAGGGGACAGUGACCGCCAGGACAUGGACAUUCUCCUUCUGCUGAGUCAGCGGUCAGUGUACGUGGCUUGGUACAGCGACGAGGAAGAGGAGGUCACCAAAUACCAGCGGAUCUACCUGGAGGACAUCGACAAAGUGGAGAUUGGCAUGGAGCCAGCAGUGUUCAAGUCCAAGUUCCCGUGCCUGCGUCUGUUCUACCACUACCAGGCCGAGGAGGGGCUCUUCCACAUGUUCCGAACCCCGACCUUGCGCAUGUUCAACUGCAAGGUCACCACUGUUGUGUCUCAGGAGGAGGCCAAAGAAUCUCUCCGUAUGAUUGCAGAUGCUUUCAAAUCAGCGCAAGAAAUUCUGUCUAUAAACUUAGAGGUUGUUGAAAAAACAAAACUGGACAGGAAAAAAGCGCUUCCCCAUCCAGAUAUCGUGAAUAUUCAUCAGCAGCAACAGGAGAACUCGCUGGCUGGAAUCAAGCUGCCACGAGACGUCUCCUCAGAGAUGGACUCGUCCAUCAACGAGAAAGAUGAGAAGGAUUUGAGUAUAGCUGACGGGACAGGCCUGGGCCGCAGUUCUCGCUCUCCUAUGUCCGAGCGCCGGAGUCUCAACACUGACCACUCGGGGUCAUCAUCACGGUCAAAGUCUCCCCUAGGUUUUCUCAGCACUUUACCCAAGCCAGCUCUGCCCUCAUUCAACAAGGCCAACUUUAAUCCCGGAAGGUUUUCGAUACCCAAGCCAAAUAUACCCAAACCCAAUUUAAAGAUGAAUCUUCAGAAUUUGAAUUUAGUAAGACGCAUUCGGUCUAACCGAGGGGGGGACAAUAAGAAUGAUGUUGAUGAUGAUGACAGUUUCUAUAAUCAGGGCUUCAGCGAUGGUCCGCAGAUCUCUAGCCUGCAAGACGAAGUCAACAAGGAAGUGGUUUUUGGCAGUUGUGGCAUUUUAGCAACGAGUCCCAAACAGCUGAUUGAGUCAUCACGACACUGGAAUGCGGCAGACGGCAGACAGCGGUCACUGGAUCACAGCAACGGUCAACUGGCCAGGCAAGCAUCUUCAGGUGAUAAGCCGGACACAGAAGUUGAUGACCAUUCCAUGUUUACUUUUGACGAUUUGGAUGGAGAAAGACCUCCUGUUUCAGGAGACCGUCAUACCGUUGGGGAAUGUGACAAAUCUCAGGAAAUAAAUGGAGAGAAAGUAGUUAAUUCAGAAAAUGGCGUUGGUGUUGAAAAGGUAAAAGGCCUGACUGAAGCUGAUUUGAUAGAUUUCACCACAGAUGUUCAUGUUGCUCAAGAAGAUGGCAGACAGAGCAAGAUGGUGAAAAAGGAGGAGGAGGAGGAUGAGUACUGCGUCAUUGAGAACGAGGAGGUCCAAGCUAUUCUCAACAAGUGUCAUAGGCUGCACCAUCCCCACAUGAAAACCUCUCUCAGCGACACCACGCUAAGCGCAAACACUGGCACGGAUGCUUCAGGCAUUUCACAGACAGGAGCCUCUCAAUCACGGGACUUUGGGCUUAUGUCUCGCUUCAAACUGAAGAUGUCAAAUCUCUCCAAACCUGCCCCCGCCAAAACCCCGGAGUCGGUUAUAUCCAGGAACUUGGUGCGCAAGUCGCAGCGAGCCAUGGAGGUGUUUGAGCAGCUCAUGCAGGAGAAACUCCCCAGCAAUGAGUGUCGCUCCAGGUUUAUUUUUAUUUGACUCACUUGGUGGAUCACCUAGUGUAUGCCUGAGUGUGGCUACCUUUACCGUAUGGAUCCAGUAUACAUCUGAAUGUGACUACCUUAACUAUAUGGACCUUAGCGUACACCCGAUUGUGACUACUUUAAUUCUAUAGAGCUGAGCGUACACCUGAUUGUAAUUACUUAACUCUAUAGGUGCCAGCAUACCUCUGAGGUUGACUACCUUAACUCUGUAGACUCGAGCAUAUCCUUGAGUGUGACUAGUUUAGAUUUAUGGACCCAAGAGUACACCUGAUUGUGACUGCCUUAGUUCUGUAGACAUGAGUGUUGGCUUGAAUAGGCUUCCCUUACCCUUCUGAACACUGAAUUUACGACUUAUUGUGAUAUGCUGUUUAUAGUCCGCACAAAGGAAUUCAAGCGCCAGGUUAAGAGGUUGAAGAACUGAGUGGGUUUUUUAAAACUAAAGUGUAAGUUUUG